ACAUAAAGAGACGAAAAAUAGAGUAUAGCGACGUGUGAAUAUCCCCGACAUUAUUCAAAUAAAAUACACGUCGUUGUGGAGGAGAACCCGUUGCUUUCGUUCUUAUCUUACUCCACUACUGAUUAGUGUGAUUACUACUCUUCAUCUCCUUGGAUUUCACCAGAGUGUUGUAUCUUGUAUAUAAGCUUUUCGACAAUGGCGUCCAAGCUUUCUACGUGUUUUCUCACCCAUGGUUCCACCGCUUUUACCUCUAAACACUUCAAUGUCCGCUUAACCGAUUUAACUCAUCGCAAUUAUCGAUUGCAUUCCGCUGCUUUUAAGCCUAAUUUGAGACCUUGUUGUCUAGGUCCACACUUAUACUUUGAUUUGUUGCAAUUCUCAAAUGAAAGAUUACAGGUCAAUAAAAUCUCCCCGCUACUGCCCCGUAUACAUGCAAAUCAGCAACCAAAUGGUGAAGCAGAUGCGGAAAUUGAGAAUGCUUCUAACGACCGUAUUUCAAGCUUAACGCAAGAAAUUAUACCCCAGACUGAUGUUAACGUCAGCAACAGCAGACCAGAAAUUCUGCCUCAGUCAGAUGGUACCUCCAGUUUAUCAAGUUCAACACAGCAGCCAGGGUUUAAGUGGUGGAUUGUAAUCGCGUUCUAUAUAGUUUGCGUCCUCCUUGGACAGUCAGUAGGUAUGAUACUUGGAAGAUUGUAUUUUAAUGAAGGUGGGAAUAGCCAAUGGAUGGCAACACUGGUGCAGUAUGCAGGCUUUCCACUGCUAUUACCCUUGUAUCGCAUCUUUCCAAAGAAAUCAAUCCAGAGUCACACACCAAUUAAUGAGCUUUCUCCUCUCAAGACUGCAUCAAUCUACCUGUUUUUUGGGCUGUUUGUGGCUGCAGUGGGUCUGAUGUACUCAAUAGGACUGCAAUAUGUACCUGUUUCUACUUUUUCUCUCUUGUGCGCGUCCCAAUUGGCCUUCAAUGCCCUCUUUUCUUUCUUCUUAAAUUCACAGAAGUUCACACCCUACAUAAUUAAUUCUCUUGUCCUGCUUACCAUCUCAUCUGUCUUACUGGUGAUUCAGUCUGGUUCUUCCAUUCCUGAAGGAGUUUCGAAGGCAAAUUAUGUCUUUGGUUUCAUUUGUGCUAUUGCUUAUCCGAUGGCAUAUGGACUGCUACUUACCUUAACAGAGUUUACCUUCCAAAAAAUACUGAAGAAUGAUAGCUUUGAAGCAACAUUGGAUUUGCUUCUUCGUCAGUCAUUUAUUGCAAGUUGUGUAGCAGUGGUUGGAAUCAUAGCUACUGGGGACUGGAAAACCAUAAAAAUAGAAAUGGAUCAAUUUAGGUUUGGAAAAUUGUCAUACGUGUUGACCUUAGUUUGCACAGCAUUGAGUUGGCAAGUUUACAACAUUGGUUUAUUUGGAUUGAUAGUUAGGGUUUCAUCGCUAUUUUCCAAUGUUGUUGCUACUUUGGGAUUGCCUAUUGUUCCAGUGCUAGCUGUGAUAUUUUUUAACGACAUAAUGGAUGGGAUAAAGGUGGUGGCCAUGUUAUUGGCCAUUUGGGGAUUUGUUUCAUAUGCGUAUGAUCAAUACCUUGAUGAAUGUAGUAAAUCUAAGACUGCAAAUCCGACUCCUGCGUAUGCAUCUGGAGCCCUUGGGAAUUAAAACUAGUUACGGGAAGAUGGAAGAGAAUACUCUAACAGCUCUUCAGGUCUUGAAUCGGGUUUAUUAGCUGAUCUUAACCUCAUUAGGUCUUUGCUGGUAGUUGAAAGCCUAACCAGCGAAGUUCUCCUGCUAAAUUUGGAUCUUCGAGGACAUAGUUGUUUAAGGUUCAAGUUUCUUUGUAUGAGGGCUUGAGGCCACUGUAUUUUUGUAGCAAUGUGCUCUACCAGAAAAAUAUUAUUAGUCUUGUCUUAUUUUUUUUUUUUUGUUUUUUUUUUUGAAGGUAAGGAAAAUGUUGUGUUUUUACAUGCCAAUGUAUUUUUAUAUCGAUUUGUAUUUGUUUCUUCAAAAAAUGUAAAACGCGUAUCUAUUUAUGUCAUCUCACUUGAGAGCAAGAUGUGGUUCUACAUGAA